AUAAAAUUUGGAAAAUUUUAUUGUAAGUACUAAUUCCAUGAUGGACAGCGGCUAACCUUCAUAAAAUUAAAAUUGCCAUUUUAACCUCUUAAAAUUCACUCAAAAACUUCAUCACAAAUUUUUUGGAACGAAGCUGAUUUAUACCCCGCGGUUUCUGACAAGUUAAUAAUAUUGACUAUUCUGGGACGAAGAUAAAAACGAAGUCAGUCAACAGAAACCCUUCCUAUCACGAAAAUAGUUUUGCAGCAAAGGAGCAUCGAAAAGUCGGAGCAAUAAAAAAUAUGACACUUCCAAGUGCAGCUCGUGUGUACACGGAUGUAAAUGCACAUAAACCUGAUGAAUACUGGGACUACGAAAAUUAUGUUGUUGAUUGGGGAAACCAGGACGAUUAUCAAUUGGUCCGUAAAUUGGGGCGUGGAAAGUAUUCUGAGGUAUUUGAAGCAAUUAAUAUAACUACCACAGAAAAAUGCGUCGUUAAAAUUCUGAAACCUGUCAAAAAGAAGAAGAUAAAGCGGGAAAUCAAAAUUUUGGAAAAUUUACGUGGUGGAACUAACAUAAUUACACUUUUAGCCGUUGUAAAGGAUCCUGUGUCUCGAACUCCGGCAUUAAUUUUUGAGCACGUAAAUAAUACGGAUUUUAAACAGCUUUAUCAAACAUUAACAGACUAUGAGAUUCGUUAUUAUUUGUUUGAGCUUCUAAAGGCACUUGAUUACUGCCACAGCAUGGGAAUUAUGCACCGUGAUGUAAAACCUCAUAAUGUAAUGAUAGAUCAUGAAAAUCGCAAAUUGCGCCUUAUUGAUUGGGGUCUAGCCGAAUUUUAUCACCCUGGCCAAGAAUACAAUGUUCGUGUGGCAUCACGGUAUUUUAAAGGACCCGAGUUACUGGUGGAUUACCAAAUGUACGAUUAUUCACUCGAUAUGUGGUCGCUGGGAUGUAUGUUGGCUUCAAUGAUAUUUAGAAAGGAGCCAUUCUUUCAUGGUCAUGACAACUACGAUCAACUGGUUCGCAUUGCUAAGGUGCUGGGCACUGAGGAACUUUAUGCUUAUUUAGAUAAAUAUAACAUUGAUUUAGAUCCUCGAUUUCAUGACAUUCUUCAACGGCAUUCAAGAAAGCGAUGGGAAUGAUUUGUUCUUUCCGGCAACCAACAUUUAGUUUCUCCAGAAGCCCUAGACUUUCUUGAUAAACUAUUACGUUAUGAUCAUGUUGACCGACUUACUGCUCGCGAAGCUAUGGCUCAUCCAUAUUUUUUACCUAUUGUCAAUGGACAAAUGAAUCCUAACAAUCAGCAAUAGGAUGCAUAUUGGGUUAUUAAGAUGGGGUUAGCAGCCAUUUAAUACUUACGAUAAAAA